AUGUUUGAGAGCCCAGAGUCUGUACUCUUCAUACCAGAUAGAAUAUGUGAAUUAAUAGAAAAAUACUUAACAGAUGAUCGGGAAAAAUACAUACAAGACUUAUAUCAAAGAAUACGAGCUAUUGAAGCAUGUUUUGGUACAGAAAAAGAAUUAGAAAUGGAACAAAUAGGUAUGCUUAUUCUAAAUCAAAUAGAUAGUAAUCCAAGCAUUGAUCCUGAAAAUAACGACAUAAUAUUAAAAUUUAAAAAGCGUUUAAGCAAACUACAAUCAGAUCCAAAUGUCAUACAAGUUCCAAAAUCAAAGUUAUUUACUAUUAAAAACGAGUUAAUUAAACUUAACGAAGAUAAUAAUCAAUUAAAGUUAUUAAUUUCUAGAAUGAAUGGUGUUUAUUCCAAAUUUCAAGAGAAAACAUCGAGUUUUUUACAUCAAUCAGUUCAAAAUAUAAAGUAUAAAAUCGAUUCAGAUGCAGAAAAUGCAAUUUCCUCAUAUAAAGGGCUUCAAGAACAAUUUAAAGAUCAUUCUUCCAAAAUUCAAGCUAAAUAUCAAAAGAAAAUAGCCGAAUACCGCAAUAUUAUUGAAGAUUUGCAAACAGAAGUUCGAAAAAUUACCUCUCAAUAUCAGACAUCAGAGCUUAAAGUCAAAGAACAACAAUCUGAAAUCGAGAAGCUAAACAAAUGUAUGGGACAUCUUGAAAAUAUCAGUCAAGAUGUGAUGGAUAAAGAAAAAUUCAUGGAAAACUCAUCGAAAGUCAUUGACGAACUUAAAGAAAACAUAGAAGAAAAGGAUAAUCAAAUCAAAAUACUGCAAAAAACAAUUCAAAAUAUUGAAAGAUCAAAAUCACAAAUUAAUCAAAAUAAAGAAGCGAUAGAUAAGCUCAAAAACGUCUGUAAGUCACUCAAAGCAGACAAUGAUUCACUUAGCUAUAAACUAUCAAUGGCACAUGCCGAAAUAGAACUAAAGGAACAUCAAAUUGAAAGGUUGUCACUUUUGGAAAAUCAAAGUAACGAUGCUAUUCAAAAAAUGGUUGAGUUAGAGAAAGAAAAUAAAGAACACAGACUUCAGCUCAAUGAUCUUACAUGGAAUAACGAUGAAUUGACACAAGAAAACAAACUACUAAAAUCAGAAAAUUCGGAAUUGAAAACAAAACUUUCACAAAGUGAAUUGAGUUUAAGAGAUCUCGAUGAAUUAGAUUCAAUAAGGAAUGAAUUAAAUGAUGCUAAAGAACAACUACAAAAUCUUUCAAUUGUUAGAGAAAAAAGUGAAAAAUUGGAAAAAGAAAACACUGAGUUAACUUUACAAUUGACAAGAGCAACAAAAGAUUUGGAAAUAAAAGACUUGAAGAUAGAGAAUCUUUUAUCAGAGAAUGAAACGUUUAAGAGCAAUUCUUCACAAACAAUUCUGAAUUUGCAAGAAAGUGAAAAGAAAUUGCAGGAAACAUUAACAAGAAAUGAUGAAAAUGAGUCACAGCUUAAAGCAACAAAGCUUAGAUUGAGUGAAUUAGAGGAUAAUUUGGCAAAUACAAAAUCUGAUUUCGAAAAUUUAGAAAAAGAAUACAAAAUUGCCAAGGAAAGAGCUGAUCUCGUUGAAGGCCUACAACAAACUCAAUCUGAAUUAGAAAAUAAAGUAAGUGAAUUAUCUCAAAAGCUGGAAAAUGAAAAAUUAGAAAAUAAAAAUUUGACAGAAAAAUUUGCAGAAGCAAAAAGUGAAUCUUUGGCCAGUGUUUUACAGUUAAACCAAAGCCAAUCUGAGAAGAAGCAAAUAGAGAAAGAAAUUAGUGAUUAUCAUAAGAAAAUAGAGAAGGAAAUUGAUGAGUAUCAAAUGAAAAUUUCUGUUUUACAGAAUGAUUUGUUGCAAAGAACGAAAGAAGUGUCAGAAUCAAAAAUUCAAAUUACAAUUCAAGCAACAACAAUCAAUGAAUACGAAUCAAAGAUGUCUGAAAUUAGAGAACAAUCAUUGCAAGAAAAGAAUUCGAUUAUUCAAGAUUAUGAAUCCAAAAUCAAUACUCUUAAUUCUGAAAAAGAUAAACUUAGUGCUGAAAUCAAAUUUUCUGAAUUAAAAUUCCAAAAAGAUAAGGAACAAAUGCAAAAAUCGAAAGAUGAUUUGUUAUCCGAAAUCAAAAAGAAGAGUAAUGACAUGGAAAUAGAAAGAGCAAGGUUUGUAGCUGAUUUAGAACGUGUUAAAUCAUCAGAACUCAUAGAAAGACAAAGAGUUUCUGAUGAAUAUCAAAGACAAAUCGAUAAGAUCAAACGAGAGAAAGAAACAAGUGAUAAAAAGCUUGUUAUUUUGACAGAACAUGUCAAUGAACUCGAAAAAUUAAUGAGUCAAAAUGAAAAUGAAUCUCAAAAGAAAUUCAAUGAAUUGUAUCAUUCACUCAAGCUCGAAAAUGACAAACUUAGAUUGCAAUUAUCAAUGCUUGAACCAUUAAGACCUUUGAUCUUGAAAUCUAAUGAUAAUUAUUCUGAUUUAGUUCAAGUUUUAAUACAAAAAGUGACAGAAUUUUCAGAACUUCAAAAAAUAUUUGGUGAACAUUACCAGACCAUUGCUGCUAUGAAAACAUAUAUUAGUGAAUCCAAACAGAACACUGAAAUCAUUAGUAGCCUGUUUCCUCAAGUAAAAGACCAGAAAUCUCUUUAUAUUGUUUUGACACAAAUGAAAGUUGUUUUUGAGUCAUUGCACAAGAUAUAUCCAAAUCUUAACAUUCAUGAAAUACCAGGAAAGGUUUCUGUCCAUGUUUCUUUGCUUGAAUCUAUAUGCAAACAGUUUGGAACCACUGAUCCGAUGUCUAUUUCUUUCUAUUUGUCAAAAACAAUUACAGAACUCAAAGAAAAGAAUGAGCAACAAAAUUCUUUGUUGCGUUCGAUUUGCAAAUUAUGUGGAACAACAGAACCAACAAAUAUUCCACAGGAAAUUCUCAAACUGAACAAUGAGAUCAAACAAAGGAAAGAAAUGACAAACUCUUUAUUGUCUUUCAUCGGGGCGAACACAAAUGAUGAGUUCCAACAAAUUGUCAAUGCUCAAAUAAAGACAGAAAAAGAACUCAGAGAAAGAUUGACAAAAUUGAAGAUUAUAUUUGGAGAUGAUAUUGAGAAAUCGGCAGAAUACCUUGAUAAUCUUAGAAAGGAAUGUGAAAAAUUAGGAAAUAGAGGUGAUACAUUGGAAAAACUCAAGAAUUUUGUUGAAAAAUAUAAUAAUUUGGUGACAUUGCAAGAAAAAAUCACUCAAAAGAUUAAUAUAUUAUAUGGUAAUGAUAUACUUGAUGGAAUAUCACAUAUGUUUGAUGAUUUAGCUUUUUUGUCAUCAUUCCUUGAGAAAGCUCUUAAUUUUUCACAAAAUAAUUAUCUAAAACUGAACAUUCCUAUUGAUGAAAGACAAAAAAUGGCGAUUAAUCAAUGCAUUAGAAAUGUUUCUGAUGAAUUCAUUUCUUUACAAACUGAAAUUAAAACUGUGAUUCGGGAAGCUUCAAUACAAGGUUUUGUUGGUUCGAAAGCAAUUGAUGCAUGUCAUUUUUUGGUUGAAAAGAGAACUAAUGACAUUAAGAAAGAGAUGAGUAAUUCACACGGAGCAGAAAUUCUAACUCUUAAAAAGACUUAUGAUACUGCAGUUGCUGAUUCCAAACGUGAGAAUGAAAGAUUGAAGAAUAUGUUAGAAAGAUCAUCAAAAGAUUUUGAAGAAGAAAGAAAGAAAUUUUACUUGAGAGAAAAAGAUUUAAUAACAGAAGUUGAAACAUCAAAGAUUGCAGCCAGAUCAGCUUCAUCCGAGAUUGAUGGUGCCAAGAGAGUCAUUAAUGAGCUAAUGAGAGUUAUUGAUGGAAAAUCGCCUGACAUGGCAUUUCUUCGGGCGCAUAUCACCUCAUCGGAGCUUAGAUCACUUCAACAAUUACCAUUUGUAAACUAA